UGUAUUAAUUUAAGGUACAAAAAAACGAGAGAAAGAGAGAAAAAAAAAAAAUAUAUAUAUAUAUAUAUAUAUACGUGUCAAUCAUAUGAUACAGUGACUUUAUCUUUAAUUAGCAGAAUACCUUUCCGGCAAAGUCUUUUACAACCAUCCACCGUCGUUUUUUGUUAAUACUUAAACGCAAAAUGGCUCAAAACCGGACGAAUCUUUUACCCUUUAAGCAACCUUUGCUCCAAGUGAUUCUAUAAUUCAUUCCCUCUCUCUUUUGUCACUCAACUUUAAACCCAUAUUAUACUUCUUUUUCUUCUAUUCUUUUAGUCCGCAUGAAUUCUAGCAUUUUUGGAAUUCAGAAAUGCCAAAAACAAUGGCAGUCACACAUGCUGAUCUUGAGCCAAAACGUUCAAGCACCAAUUUGGGUAGCAAAAUUGGUGCUUUUCUCAUUGUCUUGACCAUUCUCUGUGGUCUGUUUUGCUUCAUUCUCUGCCUAAUAGCAGAAGCCACUCGUUCUGAGUUGACAUGGGUUGGAGCUAGUGAUCAUAAAGGGAAUGGAAGAAAAUCUGAGUGUGUAUACAGUGGAAGCGGGAAGACACCGCUAUUGUGUGCUGCAAGUGCAUUCAUGGGACUAGCAAUUGUCAUGGUGGUGGAACAUACUUACAUGUUGAUUGCAGUUAGUAAAUCUCCUCCUUCAGCUUUGCUUUCAUGGGACCCUGAUUCUGCUUCUGCAAGAUCUUUGGCAUUUCAAGCUGGUUUUUUCUUUGUUUCAACUUGGAUUUGUUUCUCUGUUGGGGAAAUUUUAUUGUUGAUUGGACUGAGCGUGGAGUCGGGGCAUCUGAAGAAUUGGUCUAGACCAAGACAAAGUUGCCUAAUUAUCAGAGAAGGUUUAUUCUCUGCAGCUGGGGUGUUUGCUUUGGCUUCGGUUUUCCUUGCUGCUGGAUUAUACUUGACAACAUUGCGUGCAGAGAAACUGUCCCAAGACCAAGAAAAUGUGAGGAGAGAGGUUCUCGAAGCUUCUGCCCUCUAUGCAUCUCCACCAACAUCACCGAUUAUCACUACCAUGGCUAGAGAGAACCCUUUGUUCAGAGAGAAUAAUCAGAUUGAGAACCCUUCUUUUGUGUUUCCAUUGGCUUAUAGCAAAGACCCAAAUUUAGUUUAAACUGAAAAAAAUAAAAUAAAAACAAAAAAUUUAUUCUGUCUCUGGCUAAGCUAGAGCCAGAAUUGGGUCUGUUUUAUGCAAGCAAGAUGGAGGGGGGGAAGUUUAUAUCUAUAUCUAUAUAUAUAUACAUAUAUGUAUAAACAGGAAAGUGUAAUUCUUUAAUUUUGUACAUAAUUUUUUUGUUCUUGUAAUUCAAGGGUGGUUUGAUUCAUUCAAAUGAUAAUCUUUCACCAUUCAAAGCCUUUUG